AUGAAGUUUCGUGUUACGACCGCCGUGAUCCUCCUUUUGCUCUUCGAAGGGGCUACUAAGGUUCAUUCCGAGCAAGAGGUGUUGGUGGGCAUCGAGGACGCUGGAGAAUGUGACCCUGACGCACCUCCAAGUUACGACGGAAGCUGUAACAAUUUGAAGAACCCCCUAAAGGGCGCAGGAUACUCCGCUGAUAAAAAUCCAAAUGGCAUUCUCCUCCGUGAUGUGUCGAUGCGAGGAUACAUUAUGGAUGGUGAAAACAACUACAAAGAGCCUAGGGGAGAUAUCGACCCUCGGCUCGUUUCUGAUGCCAUCUUGAAGACCGAAAACGUUGAAUUCCCCGUUAAACACCAUGCCAACCUCAUGCAUACUUUCUUCGGACAGUUCAUCUCCCAUGACGUUGUAAGAACUGUUUUCCCGAAUUUCGAGCUGGAGGAGCAAAGCACCUUGCUCGACAUUCAACCUGAUCCGGACGCUCCCGAAUUUGUCCAUGCAGUCCAUAUAAAGCCAACUGACUCCACCACCAGUAGUGGAUACCGCGAACAAAGAAAUGGGGCUUCUUCGUUCCUUGAUCUCAAUCAUGUUUACGGCCUCGAUUCAACAGUAGCUGCCCUACUCCGAGAGUUCAAAAGGGGCCGACUGUUGGCAUCCAACGUGACAAAGGAGUUUACUUGGAUGCCCACCAAUCACCGAGACUUCCGGCUCUGUGACUGCGUCAAUACCACAGACGGCACCCCGUGGCAUCUCUUGAAGGAGGACCAUUCCAACGUCUAUGACAUACAUCGCGAGAGUUUGCGUGGUUUUACUCCUGAACCACUCGACGUUGAAAUGCGCCGACAAGGGAUACCACAGCCAUGUUUUUCAGCGGCUUCGUUCUGCAUUCCGCCGAAAGGACGGGCUUUCUUCCCCAAUCCGAGUUGUGAUGUAACUCCAAAUCUCCCAGUACCCCUGCCAAUGUGCAAUAGUUCUGUUACAUCCGAGGAGGACGAGGAUAUUAUUCUAAACCAGACGGAUGAGGGAGAAACUCCUCCCCUUAUUCCGGAAGCUCCAUUUCCAGGAGUCGCCAUUCCGGCACUCGUCUACGAUGACUGCGUUGAACCUGCAAGAAGAUUGGAAGAAGUGAUGUGUAUGGCCAGGACCGAGCCAAUUUACAACAAGGAAUCAAAAUGGGUUAUCCCGGAAGGUCGUGAGUGGCCACCGCGAGGUGAUGAAGUCCCAGAUCCGCCUUUUGAUGCGAUCCUGGCGGCUUCGCGGAACCUUGACGAGUUCUUCGUGGGGGGCGACGAUCGCAACAUUGAAAAUGCAGGCAUUUUCGUUUUGCACAAUAUGUUCUUCCGGGAACACAACUAUCAAGCUGGGUUAUUGGAAGAGGCGCACCCUGAUUGGAACGAUGAGCAGCUUUUCCAAGAAGCUCGACGCAGGGUUACUGCAGCGUAUCAUAAGAUGGUAUAUGAUGAAUGGUUGCCAGUUGUGUUGGGAGACAAGCUACAUGCCGCGUACAAUCUGUCCGCAGAUGCCUACAACUAUGACGAAGAUGUCGAUGCGUCCACCUCCAAUAUUAUGUCAACGGUGGCUUUGCGUUUUGGUCAUUCGACCGUUCCUGUAGAACUCUAUAUGCGCGAUCCCAAAACCCAUGAAAGGAUCCCACUCACCAAACUCCAAAGGCCGUACAAGUCGGUUGGACCCAGAGUGCCGAUUGAAGACGACUUUUUGUCCCUUCCAGUGUCUGGACAGGUUGGGCCAUUCCUGAGCACUGAAAUAUUUGCAUAUGCUGACGGCGAGGACACAGUCAUGGCCGCCAUGCUGUUUGAACAUGGAUACAAGGUUGAUGAAGAAGUAGCAGAUUCCGUUCGGAAUGUUGGACUGAUUUCAUCCUUUCUCGCCAAACCCUUCAUUGUGGACGUUCCAGUGCUCAACAUGAGACGUGGACGUAAUCAUGGCCUCCCAGGGUACGACACCGUCCGUAGUGCUUACCACCCCACUGGAUCGGUAUUUGCUUCCUCAGAAGGUGAGAACAACCCGGAUGGGGGAAAGUGCUUCGCUGCUGACGAUACCGGAACACCCGAUCCGCUUGAAUGUUUCAUGGUGUUUUGUCGCACACAAGAAAUUGCAGAAACCGUCCAGUCUAUCUACGGAAAGGUUGACCAUGUGGAUCCUUGGCUUGGCAUUCUAUUGGAAUCUGGCAAAGAGCACGUGGAGGGCGGAAUCUUGGGUCCCACAGCGGCCCACAUCCUUGCGGAACAAUUUGUUCGCACCCGCGACGGAGACAGAUUCUUCUAUCCCGAAGACUUGCGGUCCUUUGCGGCCGAAACAAAUUUACAGGCACUGAUUCAGCGCCACCACGGGGUCCAGGACGUGCCCGAGAACGUCUUUGUACCUUUUGCCAACACGGAUGGCAACAGCAACAACAACAACAACGCACCGUCGCCUGCUGUCACCAUCGCACCGUUGCCUGCUGUCACUGGCAAAGGAGAGGAGUCUUCGGUAGUGGGUGUCAUUGUUACUCCUACUUCACAUGUGAUUUGGGUGGUCUUUCUUUUGGUUUUAGCCAAUCUCAUUUAG